AUGACAUUCAAAGCUCUAAUGUUUUCCUUGGCUUGUCUGGCCGUUGCUUUGGCCGAGUGUAUUGAUACAAAGACAAAUGUGAUCAAUGUUGAGGAUGGAAGUAAGUUUCAUGUAUCCAUUGGAAAUACUGUUUAAAAAAUCAUGGUUACAUCUGUUACCACACAUGGACCAAAAAUAUACAAAAGUUUUUUUGAAUCUUCCGUAAAAUAUAAUGUUUAAUAACGUUGUUCAGGGCCCGCUCUUCCCAUUCACACUGUAGGCGGCUCAUUUGGAGCCUACUCCGUCAAGCAGGAGCCCAGUUGCCACGAGCAGAAAGUCACUGUGCCAUCAUUCAAAUUCCCCGGCUCUAUUAAGCUUUUGAGCGGAUCGAUCACCGUUUCAAAGCCGUUGAAGCUGGUUGGACAGACCAAACUGCUUUUGACGGUGCAAAAAAGAUCCGCCUUGGUUGGCAUUAUCUGCCAAGACGGAGUGUCAAGAUAUGCCGGUCUGGACAACAAGUAUUGGUACGUUUUAAAGUAUAUACAUAUAUAAUAUUACACGCGGGAAAUUAUGAUUAUGGCCUUUACUUUCAGCCAACCAGAUGUUUGCAAAGAACCCACGAAGUUCUGCAAACUCCUUGAAAACCCCGGUACCUAUGAUUUCGACACUCUUCGUGAGGCUAUUGGCAAAAAUGGAUCUCUGCCUCUCCCGCCGGCACCUCUGCUUCUCAAGCGCGUCCUAACAGGAGAGUGGAGACUCGACGGAAAAUUCGUUGUUGGAGAUGAAGUUGUUGGGCAUUUGAAAGUCGCAACUACCGCCGGUUGGAUUUAUUUCGAAGAGGGAAAAAUCUAA